AUGGAUGUAAUUAAUUUAUUAAAAGAAUAUCCAGUUUCAGUUAAUUCAAUAAAUUUUGGAAUUAGAGAUGCAGCAGUUGAAAAAGAAUUAUUUGAGGCAGUAUGGAUUCAAAGAAAAGAGCCAACCUAUAAUUAUGAAGCAGUAUUUGUUUUGAGUGAAAUGUGGAAAGUUCCAAUCAAUUAUUUAGUUGGUCGUUUAAGAUGUGAAGCAGCCCAUAAAUUAUUAUUGAUAGAGAAGAAUAUGGAAGAGGCAUUGUAUUAUUAUAAAUUAGCAGCAUCAGAGAACCAAUCGGUUGAAGCAUUAUUUUCAUUAUCAAAUUUGAAAUUGAAUAUCAUUCAAAAUUUACAAGCAUAUGAAGAAUCUUUAGUACACCUUAAGCAAGCUGCAAACUAUCCACAUAAAAUUAAAUACGAUGAUCAAGUAUCAAUAACAAAUAAAUAUAUUAUCGAAUCUCAAUUAAUGUAUGCUAAUUUAUUAUUCGAAGGUUUGUCUGGUAAAAAAGAUUUAAAUGAAGCAAAGAAAUAUUACGAUUUGGCUUGUGAGGGAAGUUUAAAAAAGAGUGCACCAUUCGCAAAGUAUGCUAUCAUCCUUUGUAGAGGUGAUGGUGGUGAUAUCAUUCCAAAAGAUACCGAAAAAGGUUUGACAAUUUUUAGAGAGAUCAUAGAAGAUUCUGGUAUUGAAAAUACUCAACCAGGUAUCCUUUAUUUAUAUGGUACUUUUUUAUUUGAAAUUAAUAAAAAUGAAGGUAUUCAAUUCAUUAGAGUCGCUGCUAAAUUUGGUUAUCCAACUGCAAAAGAAAAUAUACUCGAAUUUGAAAAAAAAUUAAAUGAUAAUAAUAACAACAAUAAUAAUAAUAAUACCGAAAAUGAUAAUAAUAAUAGUAAUAGUAAUAAUAAUAAAAAUAAUAAUAAUAAUAAUAAUAAUAAUAAUAAAAAGAAAAAUAGUAAACAGACCAAAAAGAAUAAUUUAUGUUAA